CCUUAUAAACUAGGGCAUUUACACUUUCGCGACUAUUUUCCCGCCAUGGAAGUGGACUCCGAAAAUGGGUUACUGCAGAGGAAACAAUCGACAUACAAAUCUCUGGACGAGACCUUUCUGAUAGAGAAGGAGACUUACAGAGGGCAACAAUACAGUCAAAUUUACUUUGCAAGGCUUCACCUUAUGAGAACUAUGCUUUACUCUCUUUUACCCACCUGGAAAUCCCAUUUACCAAGUUGUACUGUGCUGCAACUGGAGCAAGAAAAGGAGUGUAUUAUUGUUGGAACACUGUAUAAGCACAUGAAGCUAAAACCUUCUAUACUUGAUGAGUAUUCAAAGGAGAGGUCAGCAAUUCCACUUGUACAACCCCACAAUUUUGUGCACUCAGAUGACUAUCUAGUUCUUGAAGACGAGAGUGGAAGAGUUAAACUUCGUGGGGCCCUUCUUUCGCCUUCUGUAUAUGUAACAGGGAUAGUGGUCGCACUGCAUGGAAAAGAAACAGGAGCUGGAGAUUUUGAGGUUCAAGAUGUCUUAGAAGCUGGCCUUCCUCACCAGAUAGAUCGUCCACUUACCUCUGGUGAAGAUAAAUUUGUUGUCUUUGUAUCGGGUUUAAGUGUCGGGAGCACCUCAGCAAAUCCUCUCCAUUUUCAGCUCUUUGUAGACCAUAUAACUGGACAUCUAGGAGAUGAAGAGGAACAAGGAAUGGCAGCUCAGAUUGUUCAAGUUGUUAUUGCUGGUAAUUCUGUUGAAUUUGCUCGCGGGCUUCUUAAUGGUCAGAACUUGGGCCCUAGGGAUCAGUCAAAACUGUCAGAGCCCAUAAAAGAGCUCGAUAUCCUUCUUACUCAGAUUGCUGCAGGUAUACCUGUGGAUAUAAUGCCGGGAGAAGCUGACCCAGCAAAUUUUGCGUUGCCUCAGCAGCCAUUGCACCGAUGCCUUUUUCCUGGAUCAGCAGAAUUCAACACUUUCAGAUCCUGCACUAACCCUCAUUCCUUUGAGCUCGACAAUGUGAGGUUUCUUGGGACAUCGGGCCAGAACAUUGACGAUCUUGCAAAAUAUUCUGAUGCGACGAGUAAACUGAAGUUCCUUGAAAGGACACUAAGAUGGAGACACAUUGCACCAACAGCCCCGAAUACUCUAGGGUGUUAUCCUUUUACUGAUAGAGAUCCAUUUUUCAUCGAGAUGUGUCCUCAUGUCUACUUUGUUGGGAAUCAAGACAAAUUUGAUGCUAGCGUGUUCAAGGGAUCUGAUGGACAAGUGGUAAGACUCGUUUGCAUUCCUAAAUUUUCUGAGACAGGAACAGCUGUGAUGUUGAACUUGAGAAAUCUCGAAUGCCAUGCUCUCACUUUCGGGUCUCACUUUGAUUCUUAAGUGGAAGGGUUAUGUUUUACGGCCAAUCUUCUUCAUGACGAAUCCCUCAAAUGAUCCUGGCAUUGUGACCGUGGCUACAAGAUUUCAGAAGUUCGUGUGUGUUUACAGGUUCGGUAGCUCUAUAAAUGAAAGAUUGGUGCUUAAGCGAAGCAGCUUCGUGCCAAGGUACGCAGGCAUCAUUAGUGUUGCAUCCGAACACCAGAUCUUAUAGCAUGGUUAGAAACAUAUAACUGUAGUUACUGCGAUUUCUAUGGAAGUUUUGUUGUACUAGCAGUCACAGUGUACAUUCAUAAAAAUCUCCAAAUUUUGUUUCUGCCUUGUGCAAUAGAAAGUUAGUGUUUGGUAUGUUGUUUCC